CCAGUAUUUCUUCAUGGCCACCGCCGCAGCACCUUCGUUUCAUUCGACAAAAGAGACAACCAAUUACGCCCGCUUAUGCAGGCUUCUGGUGGAUGUUAGUGCACGUAUCUUGAGAGAGACUUUUGAGAAGAGGCGUCCAACAGGAGACCUGCACACAGUUUUGUUAAGUCCUCCAGUUCAUGCAGUCUUACAAUCACUUCGAAAGAAAGGAAUUCUUAAUCCUUCCCAAUGGGGACAACUAUAUCCUAAAGCAAUCAAAUCUGCAGUUUCAUCAAAGAAUUUCGAUAUCACUCUACUGAUGGUUUUGCUGAGGAAUAUAUGCGGUCUUGUUCGUCCAGCUACCGGCUGGGAUACACUUCCUCCUGCAACAGACACAACCCUUGAGGCAGAUAUCGUUCGCAUCAAGUGCUACAGAAACACAGUUUAUGGUCAUGCCAGCGAGGCCUCAGUUGAUGACCCAACAUUCAAUCAAUACUGGAAAGACAUCCAAGAUGCAUUGGUGAGACUGGGAGGAGCUGGUUACCAAAGUGCUAUUGAUGAUCUGAAAAAGGAAUGCAUGGACCCUGAUUUCGAAGAACACUCUAAAGAGCUUCUUAAUCAAUGGGUAGCGGCUGAAGUCAGCAUCAAAGAAAGACUGGAUGAAAUGGCAGAGCACUUUGAGCACUUUGAUAAAAGCCUGGAUGAAUUAAAGGAUGCAAUCGUUAGCCCUAUAAAGAAACCAGGAGACAAAGGUAUUGUUUAUUAA